UCUGUGCCAGUCAUCUUUUCAUCUGGAUGUGCAGGCCACUUACAAUUAUAAGUAUAAGAUGCCGAUUAGCUGGGCUUUGCUUCUUCUACAGCUACUCUCUAUUACGGCUGACCUGGAUGUGCCCGGAACUACAGAGAGCCCCCUUCGCAUAGUCAAUGGAAUACCCAUUGAUAUAAGCCUUGCACCUUGGCAGGUUUCAAUACAAAUAUUGGGACAUCACAUUUGUGGCGGCAGCAUUUUGAACGCUAAAAUAAUUAUAACUGCCGCGCAUUGUCUAAAUCUCCCUGCAAAUGAGAUGCAAGUACGAGCAGGAUCCACUAUUAGGAGAUCUGGUGGACAGCUCGUUAAUGUUGCUUAUGCCAAAAAGCAUCCGGGGUAUGUAGGCAGCCCAUAUUCAAACGACAUCGGCCUGCUGCUACUGAAAAAGAAACUUAACUUGGGCUACAGCGCAAAUAAGAUUGCCCUUGCGAGCGAUUCUCCCAAUACUGGAACCACCGCCUUUGUUUCAGGCUGGGGUCGUUAUAGAGAGCACAAAAGUGCCUUUACAAUAGGCUUGCAUAUGGCGAUAAUGUCUACGAUCGAUCGCAAGAAAUGCCAAAAGUCCAAAUAUGCUGAACGUAAAAUGAAAAUAGCUAAAGGUAUGAUCUGUGCUGCAAGCGAUGGUAAAGAUGCAUGUCAGGGAGAUUCUGGUGGACCGUUGGUUGCGAGUGGAAAACUUGUGGGUAUUGUUUCUUGGGGCCUGGGAUGUGCAAAAUACGGAUAUCCAGGAGUUUAUACCGACGUUGCUUACUACCGUGACUGGGUACUACAAAACAUGAAUACUAUAGGAGGUUAAACAAAAAUUUGACGAACAAAUGGACAUUUACAAAAAUAAUUAAGAAUUUAAAUAUAAUACUUAUAAUCACGACAUGAUUAACCCGACAUUACUAAGGCAAUGAUGGAAGAUCCACAAUCGUGCAAAAUUCUUUUCUGAAGCUUCCUUUUGCGUUGAAUGUGUGCACUCAGCAGGGGUUUUGGAAAAUUGAACCCCCAAUUAGAGUGACCAAAAGUAUGUAUGAAGCCCAUAAAAAACAACAAAAUAUAAUUAUGCUUUCCAAACUUGACGUCGUGAGCCUGUGUCGUACUAUCAAAGGAGAGUCCCCUGUUUAAAUUCGACGGAAAUUGUCAAUUUUUAUAUUUAAUUUAUUAUUAUUCACAGAAAAAAUAUCAAUAAUUCCAAUAAUAAGCAAAAAAACAGAGUAAAGGGCGAGCGAAUAAUAAUAUUAAACAUU